AUGAAGAGGAGCGGGAAACAUGGCGCAAUCAACGGCGCUCCGGAUAGUAUCCGCAUUCACGUUGAGCAUGAACAAGGCCUCAAGAGUAAAGCGAAGACAAGCCACAUCAAAGCCUCGUAUACCGACGUCCCGGCCCUUGGUGAUCCAGGCGUGCCCGCUGAAUAUGAAGCGCUGUCUUGGAAUUGGGGAACAACUCCAUGGGAUGCACAAGUCAAGAUCGAUAAAGAUGGAGUCCGCUAUUAUUUCAACGUCCCGAAGAGCAUUAUAGGUGCUUUCAAAGCGUUACGAAACAAGAAAACGGAGCGAGUGCUGUGGGUGGAUGCCAUCUCCAUCGACCAGUCAGAUCCUCUCGAGAAAAGCCAACAAGUGCCAAUGAUGUCCGAGAUCUAUGGCGGCGCGAAGAGCGUUUGCGUGUGGCUUGGAGAAGGCGACGAGGACAGUAAAAUGGCGUUCGACUUCAUCCGAAACGAGAUCAUCCAACUUGAGGACUUCGACAAACUAUGCGAAAGUCCCGGCUCGGCGCCCAAAUGGAAUGCAAUGUUCAACCUGAUGAAGCGGCCUUGGUUCUCCCGCAGAUGGUACCCAAUCCCCUGGAUCGUCCAGGAAAUUGCGCUUGCUAGAGAGGCGCGUCUCUACUGCGGGCGGAAGAACAUUCCCUGGCAGGAUUUCGCUGACGCUGUGCAACUCUUCGUCUCAGUCGAAUCUGCGACUCAUCGGCUCUCGGAAGUCAUGAAGAUACAUGACUCUUUUUACCAUGUACCCCGUUGGUUUGAAUAUGUAUCCAAGUUAGGCGCCAGCCUGCUCGUGGAUGCUACGGGGACUUUGUUUCGAUACUCAAAGAUCGAGUGGCCUGAGACCAAGCACAUUCCUGGCGCUCAUACCCGAGCAAGCUUGGCGAUUCCGGGAGCAACUCCGUCGAAAAGCCCCGCUUACCCUAGGGGAUUAUCAGGCAGGAGUAAUCGACAAGCGUUACUAAGUCUCGAACACCUGGUAUCAACACUCUCUAUAUUCCAAGCAACGAAUCCACGUGAUAUCAUCUAUGCCUUAUUAGCCGUGGCAAAGGAUACAAACCCAGUACCAUGUAAGAAGCCGCCUUACCUGACGGACGCGUUGAAAAGCAUUACCGUGGGCAUGAAGUUGCAAGCGCGGCCGUACAUUGUGGACUAUACCAAGAGAUACGUUGAUAUUUGUGCGGAUUACGUCCAGUUCGCGAUCAAUCAGCAAGCGGAUCGAACCAGGGCUCUUGACAUCAUCUGUCGCCCUUGGGCUCCCGAGCCCGAGAGAGCCGAGAAGAAUCGCAACCGGUCAGAUGCAAAUGCCCCCUUAAGCCCUUUCGUCGGAGAGGACUCAGACGACAAUGACCAAGAGAGAAUGCCAUCAUGGAUUCCGCAGCUCACUCGCGCCUCCCACAACAUGAUUCGCCAUGCCGACUCGGUCGAGAAAAUGGGCCGCAUCAACGCCGAUCCUCUUGUGGGCCUUCCCGAGCUGAACCAGCGCAACUACAAUGCAGCGGGCGACAAGUCGGCCGACCUCGCUCGGAUCAGGAUCAAGAAGCGUAGGAGGUACCACAGCAUCGAAAUUCUCGGCUUUGUCCUGGACCGCGUGGAAGCGGUAGACAAGCAAUCACAAAACGGCAACAUUCCGCUGAGUUGGUUCGAGAUGGCAGACAUCAACGCGAGGCCGUUCAACCAGCAGUACGAAGACCAGCAAAUGAAGGAUUCAUGGGAAGAGUUCUGGAGGACCCUUGUCGCGGACAGGGGACAGAACGGAAGGAACCCGCCUGCGUACUACGCUCGCGCCUUCGGAAUGUCGCUGCAAAAGGGAUUGCUAGCUACAGGGUCUUUGAACACGACCGAUAUGAUCGAUCACGGCCGCUGCUCCGUAGUAUCCGAAUUCUUCCGUAGGGUCCAAGCCGUUAUUUGGAACAGGUGUCUUGUUCGGACAGAGGCUGGCCGGCUCGGCAUCGUCAAUGAAGGGGUCGAGAAGGGAGACCUGGUGUGCAUAAUGGAUGGUUGUAGCGUUCCUGUCAUUCUGCGUCCCAUGAAAAAGGAGCGUUCAGACAUCGAGGAGGAUAUGAGAGCCGAGAAAGAGGAGCUGGAACAAUGGAGCCGGGUAGCCCAGCGGAGACACAGGAUGAGCAAACAACCGCGUACGGCAUUAUCUGAAAUCAAAGAAAGGGAGCAAAAGAGGCUCGCGGCGGAGAAGAGUGCACAACAAAGUGGCAGGACUACCCCACAGAUCAAGCAGAGACCAGAAAGUGGCCCUGAUGCUAUAACCCCAGAGGACACCGUCCCCGGUGUUCAACAGUCUCUAACAGAUAUCAAAACCGAUGGCCGCCCCUCUCAAGAAGGGCUGGGCGCACCUCGGGUGACGCGAUCACGCAGCAUCUCGACAAAGAGAAGCCGAAAAGAGAUCGACACCCUGUUUACGGGUGGGCAAGCUCAACCUCGGGAUAUCAUUGACGGAGUGAUGGGCUACGAGCCCGAAGAGAAUCAGCAUCAAAAGCAGCCAAGCGGUGCGACUUAUCUACUUCUCUAA